CCACUGUGCCAUCGGCUCUGAUUGUGGCACGGUUGUUGCACGCCCACCUCUGAGCUUCUGAUCUCGGACCGGAUACUGGUCAACCCUGCUGCCAGCGAUUGCGCUUGCUCUCAUUGCGACGGUCGCCCUGGCAGGCUGCAGCCUACCAGGAUGAUUUGUCCGAGGUCCCUGACGGCCGGAGGGAUAGAUCUAUACUCAUUCAAGUCUGUUUUUUGUCAUCUGGGCCGAUCUCAGAACUCCUCGGCUGCGGUUUCGAGCUCUGAAAUCCUUGGCUAGACAAUGCGGGAUGCGGCCCCUUCUUUAUUUUUGUCUAUCCGCUAUCUUGGAUUCUAUGCAGGCAGAUAAUACUUGGUACUCCGCUUCUCUCGUUCGUCGUCUAUCGCCUACAUGACAUAUGUCCGGCUCAAGGUACCACCAUUUCUGUGUCAGCCCGCUCGGGCUCCGCUUUCGCCUACGGGUUAUGGACGGCCUUCUACUUUUUGAGCUUGGAUAUCGAUUCUUGCUAAUCAAGAGAACACUUGCCGCCUACGUUCCAGUGCUUUCACGCGAGUCAUCUUGACCGGAGUCCACACCCAGACCAUUAGCAAGUCCCCGCGAGCCGCUUGUGCUUGUCAUGUAUUCAGCACCCGAGAAAACGCACUAGGCAGAUGCAUCACAAACGGGUGCUAUGCCAUUUCUGGAUCGGGUGCAGUAACUCUCGGGUGCAGUACCUCGCGGGGCAGAAUACUCAUUGGAUGUUUUGGCCGUUAUAAAUGUGGGACGCGAGUCCACUUUUGGGGAUCCCUCUACAGACCUCUCCAUGGCUUUGUUUACCCUUCCGGACGGCGCCAGCAUCUCCUACGAGGUCCUCAGCCCGAAUUUUCUGGGGGCCGUAGCCCCCCUCAUCCUGCUUUGCGGGAUGGGCAUGGCCAAAGCGGACUGGCGAGCGCUUGCUCCAGCUCUUGCGCAAUCGCGGCCAGUGCUCGUCUACGAUCACCGUGGGAUCGGCGACUCGACUCACGGAUCGGAAAAUAUCACCAUCAGCAGGAUGGCGCGCGACUUGGUCGAACUUGUUCUCCACCUAAGGUGGAACGAAGUCGCUUUGUGUGGCUACUCUAUGGGCGGUGUUGUUGCUCAGCAGUUAUUGGUCUUCCCGCUGCAAAAUCUUCCCCUUCCGUUCCGAGUGACCCACGUUUUCCUGAUCUCAACACGAUCGGUGGUCCUUCAAGAGGCUCAGUAUGGCCUCCAGAUACGGCCUACGGCUGUGCCUCGAACUCCCGCACAGCGAAUGGAACUGAUCCGACGAACUCUCGAAGCGACAUUCGAUCCUGCCUGGCUAGGAGCUAACCCCGUGCGCUUCGAGAACAUUGUCCAAGCCACGGUCCAUGGACGGCCGCGACCUCCGUCUACUAUCGAACAGCAACGACUCGCACUGCAAAAUUUUGACUUUGCAGCACUUUUUCCUGGAAUUUCUCGCAGGGUCAAGAUUCUCGUCAUCCACGGCCAAAAGGAUCAGGUGAUACCUUUCCGGUGUGCUUCAGAAACCCUCGGCAUGAUAAAAUCCGCCAAAUUUGUGCAAGUGGGAUCACAAGUGGGACAAGUUCCCAGUCUUGCAUUUGGACACCAGUGGUUCGAAUAUUUCGACCUCCGAGUGUGGCAUGAUGUAUUUGAAGCCCAUCUCCGUUCAUAGAACAAAUUAUCACAUAUGUAACACUUGACAAAUGUACCACGUCCCUGAACUUUAG